GCGCGGCAAAAUUCGAACGAGCGCAUAGACAUCGUGAAGAAUGGAGAUCCGAGAGUUGGCUAUCGAUCGCGUGGACAGGAUUCUGCGUCGCUUUUCCCGGAAACUCGAGAUAGCGAUAUCCAUCCCAGUGCUGCUGGAGCAAAAAGUUCUCAAGGAUUUGUUGUCUCGCAGAGAGUACGUGGCGCUCGUCCGAUUGUGCGCGAAAAGUCGAAGCGAUGACGACAUCGAGUCCUCGUGCGAUCACGGCAAGGCCGUCGUGGCCCACGGAGUCACAAAUCACAGGAGCACGAAACUACUCGACUGGGCGGUAGUUUUGGAGAGUCUGAGCCAGCACGAGGAUAGGAUCUUGGAGUGCAUCGACAAGCAGACCUUAUCCGAGGAUGCGGUCUCGAUAAUCGAUCGGCUCGAACGACUCAGGCAGCUACUCGAAUGGCAAAUGAAAUCAACGCCGCGGCAAGUGAGGGUUCGCAAGAUCGAUCUACGCAACGCCGUCAGCAGCAUCGAAAGCGUCCGGCAACGCAUUCAAAGUUUGGAGGAGGAGUUCGAGGAGGAAACGGCUCAGUACAGGCAGAUAGUCGACGACGCGCAAAUGGACGUCGAUCGAUUAUCCUCGCAAAUCGACAAACUCGCCGAGCAGCAUCGAUCAAAGCUCCGACACGAAGUACAUCAUUUCGAGCUGGCGUUGCGUGACUUGAAAGAAGACGCGCUCGGACAAGAGGACAGCUUGGCCAAUCAAUUGCGCGCCCAUCGAGUUAUGCUCGACGAGCUCAGGGCGGCCGAUUUAACGCAGGAGAAUGAGUUGCGCCAGCAAUGUUUGAGCAAGGAAAAGGCGAACAUAGCGGCGAGGAGGGCCUACGACGACGAUCUCAGUAAGCUGCACGAGCUCAAAGAGGCACUGGAGAAACAGUUGCAUCUCACCGAUCAACACUUCGAUGCCCUCGAGGAGGAAUACAGACUCCAAACGGAGCAGUACGAGAGGCUGAAGCGAGAGCGCGAGCUGGCGACGAUGCAGGCGUUCGCCGAUCGAUUGCGCAACUUCGAGAGGCAGCGAGCGGCGAGAAUAAUUCAGCGCGCCUGGCGCCAACAUCUGCAACGAGUGCUCUCAACCAAGAAGAAAAAGCGAGCUCGCAGUCGCAACAAAUAG